ACACGGAAGCCGAGGUGGGGCUAAGUCGAAGGAUGAUGCGGUACUGGGCAGAGUUUGCCAGGAGUGGGACCCCCACAGGCGAGGGGGGCACAGGAGAGCCAUGGCCCCGCUAUGACCCCCUGAAACAGAACUUCUUCCGCAUCCGACUCGAGUCAUCCCAGGUGGUGGAGAUGGAGCUCACCCGACACUGCAGCUUCUUGGCACCACUGCGUGCAGAGAAGUUGAGCCUGCCAGGUGCAGGCUCCGGACUUGCCCUCCCCAAGGACCUGUGACUGAAGAAUGGAGCAAUCCCAGUCCCUGGAUGGUAGGAACCCACCCUCCGAGAAAAGCUUCCAGUUCCUGUUAGCGCCGGCAGAGUCCUUAACGAGGAUCCUGCUAAUUAACCUGCUGGGAAUCCAUGGACUGACCCACCCUCUGCGAUUCCUCUGUCCUCUCCCCUCCUGCAUUAAAGUAUAUUCUGUCCAGAAA